AUGCUCGAAAUUAAUAUUCUUUUUGCCUGUACGGUGCGCGCACAGGGCGAACAAUGUGCAAAUCCGCUGUCGAACGGCCAAAAGCGACGAAAUUCCAAAUACUAUGUACGGGGUUGCAUUGCCGGUCUCACACAAGGAUGGCCGCGAAAGAAACGGGCGCUCGAAAGCAAUCAGCUGUACGGGGGACUUGCACGAAUGGGCCGAAUUUAUCUGGUGGCAUUAAUUCCCAAUACGUCAAAUCUCACCCUGUAA